GGGGUGAUGCUUGAGCCCUUCGUACACCAGGUGGGGGGCCACUCCUGCGUGCUCCGCUUCGGGGAGCAGACCAUCUGCAAGCCCCUCAUCCCGAGAGAGCACCAGUUCUACAAGAACCUGCCCCCAGAGAUGAGGAAGUUCACCCCGCAGUACAAAGGCGUUGUGUCGGUGAGUUUUGAAGAAGACGAGGAAGGGAACCUGUGUCUCAUCGCCUACCCCCUCCACAGUGAAUCAGGGGAUCUUGAAAACAAAGACCCGUCCACAGACUGUGAGCCCAAGAGCAAGAUGGUGAAGUGGACCAACAAGAAGCAGUCCCCUUUGCUCCUGGAGAAUGACAACUACAGCAAGGAGCGAGCGCGGCACGGCCGUAAAGAGGAGAAGAUCAUGAGCUAUAACCGUGAUGAGGUGUCUCAGCAGCAGGCUGAGGUCAUGUACUUCAGCUUGGAGAAAGGCAACGUGGUGUCACAGAUCAAACACAACCCCUGGAGUCUGAAAUGCCACCAGCAGCAGCUGCAGAGGAUGAAGGAGAAUGCCAAGCACCGGAACCAAUACAAAUUUAUUCUAUUGGAAAACCUGACGUGGCGUUAUACCGUACCAUGUGUGUUAGACUUGAAGAUGGGAACGCGGCAGCAUGGUGACGACGCAUCGGAAGAGAAGAAAGCCAAUCAGAUACGCAAGUGUCAACAAAGCACAUCUGCGUCGAUUGGAGUGCGACUCUGCGGCAUGCAGGUGUACCAGUCUGACACCGCCCAGCUGAUGUUCAUGAACAAGUACCACGGGCGCAAGCUCGCCCUCGCCGGCUUCAAGGAGGCGCUGUACCAGUUCUUCCACAACGGGCGCCGCCUGCGCCACGAGCUCCUGUCUCCAGUCCUGCGCAGGCUCCGGGAAAUGCAAGCUGCCCUGGAGGCCUGCGAGUCCUACCGCUUCUACUCCAGCUCCCUGCUCAUCAUCUAUGACGGGAACCCCCCCAGAGCCCCCAGCAGGCCGAGACACCGAGGGGGCGAAGACGGUGACGAAGACGACCCAUCCGACGAAGAAGAAGAAGAGGAGGAAGAGGGGGCUUUUGGCGGCAGCCGUACGUCCCACGGCGCAGGAGAGCCCAGCACCCCUGAGGUGGACGUGCGCAUGAUUGACUUUGCCCACACCACCUGCCGGCAUUACGGGGAGGACAGCGUGGUCCACGAAGGCCAGGACAGCGGCUUCAUCUUCGGCCUCCAGAACCUGAUCACGAUCAUCUCCCAGCUGGAGGAUCACAGCACUGACUGAGGCAGCGGUGGAGCCGCUGUGGUUGAACCGUAGAGCAAAGGAAGAGCUCCUGGAGCUCAAACCCUGCCAUACCCUCAAGAGGCUUUGGAGCCUGAAAGUGAGGUUGCUUGUCCGAACCCCUCCCGGUUUGGGCAGAGUGUGCGGUUGGUUCUGCACUCCGACUCGCCUGUUGGAAGAGACGGCUGCUUGUGCACUCCCUUGCACUUUUCUCUUUAUGAAACUUGGACAUUUCUUUGUUAUACGUGAAAGGAGAAAUGUUGCAUGAGACGGACGGACGUCUCGGUAAAUGUGCCACAUGGCGCCACCCUCCUUUUCCCUCUGCGACAAACAAAAAUCUUUAUUGCCAAGUUCUCUCUGAGAGAGACGGGGAGCGGUGGAGGAGACGGACGUUUGGUUGUGGUGGUGCUUUCUUGACCUGUGAUGUGUUUCUGAAGAACUUCGGGCUGCCUGUCCCCAGCAGCACAGCACAACUACCGGGGACUGAACAAGAUGACCUUGGCUGGCUAGGUCAGCAGCCUUUUAGCAGCAUAAGUACAGUUGGUGUUUUGUUCAUGUUGCGUCUCUCAUUAGUUCUUGUCUUCCUGAACACCAAGCACUUAGUUUUAAAGUGGUGGAAGAAAACCAUCUCAUUUUAGAAGAAGGGAUUUGACUUUUUCUUUUCUUUUUUCCCACCCUUACUUCUCGACUAUAAAAUGGAUUUGGAAAUACAAAGGGGAUUCUUUCUUUUUUUAUCAUUUAGUCACUUUUUAUUAUCUUGAUUUUCUCCAUUCCAUUAAAUUGACUUAAAGAAAAUGAAUAGCUAAGAACACUAGUAGCAAAGACUUAUUUAUUUAAGACUGUUUGAAAAUGCGAACAAGCACAUUCCAUUUUACCACUUUAAAAUGUUUUGUCCUGAUAAAGCUGUUUUGUUUUUACAAAGCUUUUCUUUAUUGCUGUUUGUUAUUGGUGUCUUGAAAAAAUAAAGACAUUCAUUGUGAUAAAGUGCA